AUGCCAUGGGGCAACAUACCAAGGCCCCGGUCUCGAUGCGGUGCCUACAUAGUCUUAAAAAAAGGAUGCAAUUCACAGUGCAUCUUUGCUCCUUACUUCCAUGGUGAGGAUGGUAUUGCUUAUUUUGUCGCCAUCCGCAAUGUUUUUACUGUUAAGUAUGUUGUCAACCUCCUAGCUCCGUUUGCGGUCAACGACCAAUUUUGGGCUUCCGAUACAUUCCUCUUUGAAGCUCAAGCCCGGCUUCAAGAUCCUGUCUAUGGCUCUGUAUCUCACAUUCUCGCCCUUCAGCAGCAGCCUGCUCCUCAACCUAAUCAAAACUCGAGCUGGAAUUUCGAUCUUCCUAUCAUUCCAGAGGAUGCCCCUUAUCCUGGUUUCUCAGAGGCUACUCUUCCACCUUUCCCUGGUGAAGCUAGCAGUAGCUAG